AUAUUACAUACCUUUUCUUGUUUGUUCCCCUCUCCUCCAAUUUAAAGUGGCCAUCUCUGCUAAGCAUGGUGAUACAUCUUUAAUCCCAGCACCUUGGAUUCAGAGGUCAGGCCUUGCGGAAGACAGAGAGAAGCCAAGCAGAGAGAAGCCGGUCCUGCUCUCGAGAGAAAAGGGAGGUAAACAACGUGCCUGGGUUACACUAAGGACAUGGUGACAGACUUUGAUGAGAAACAUGAUGAAUAUUUAAUAUUGCUUCAGCAGAGAAACAGGAUAUUAAAGCAUCUGAAGGCCAAGGAUCCUUUGCAAUUGAGACUGGAGCAUUUGGAGCAAGGGUUCUCCGUCUAUGUCAAUGGGGCCAAUUCAGAGCUGAAGACAUCCCCACGGAAAGCUGUUCAUGCAGACUUCUCCAGAAGUGCUUCACAGGCAGAGGGGAUGCCCAAUUGUGGACGAAGAGCCCUGUUUCGAGAAGCUGAAGAAGCCUUAAGACGCACUUCGCGGACAGCGCCUAGCAAAAUCCCGCGCCGAGGAUGGCACCAGAGAUCCGUGCAGAUCAGAACUGAAGCAGGCCCACGGCUCCACAUUGAACCUCCUCUGGACUAUUUGGAAGAGUUUGAGCUUCAAGGGGAUGUGACUGGCAAGGCCAAGGAUGCUGCUGGGGAUUGUGCUCAGGAGCUGAAUAAAAGCCUCAAACUCAGUGUAAACCCCCAAAGCAAGCAGAAGGAUGGUUCCAGUGAUGAGUAUGACUCCAUUGAAGAAGAGAUACUUUCGGAGCCUGAUCCUGAGGAUAGUGUGCUGCUGAGCUAUCCCAGAGAAGAGCCUCCUCUUUCCAGUGGGGACUCAGUCUACAAGAAUGUCCUCAAAGACCAGGAGCCAGAAGGACAGCCUCCCCAGGGCACGGACACUCUUGUGGUGUUGGAGCUUAAUCCGGCUUCCAAAAGUAACAAAAGGGAAAGGAUUUUGUCUGCCAAGCGGAAAGACAAUGCUGAGGUCUUCAUCCCCAGCAAACCAGAGCCAACCCUGAAUCCACAGCCCCCUGCUGUGUUCCCAGAUCAGGACAAAGCCUGCUCCAGUAAGAGUUGGGAGGCCCUGAGUGGAGAGGGGGUCCUGGGUUUGGGGCCGGGCAGUCGGCGAGAGAGACCCCUGUCAGCAGCCCGCAAAACCUUGUGCACAGCUGAGGACCGAGAAGAAGAUGUCUCAGCAGUGCUGCGAGCCAUCCAGGUGGAGAACGCUGCCUUGCAACAGGCGUUUCUAGGCCAAAAGUUGGAGCUGCCCACCAGCCCACUACAGGAUGUGGAAGAACUUCGAGCAAAGCCAUGGCCCAGUCUGCUGAAGGUCAAGGAGGAAGGCCUUGAGCUUCUUGCUACCACCCUGAUGACUGCUUCUGAACCAUCAAAGGAGGCAGUGGAAGACAAAGCUGCCAGCCAAGCCACCAACAUAAUCUGUCUUUCAGGAAGCAGACAACAGCAAAAGCUUCCAGAAGUCCUGCAGACCAUCAAAAGUGACUCUGCCCAUCUCAGCAAGGUGGCUGCAUCAACAGAGAAGCAAGUACUAGACCCAGAGGACAAGUGGAAAAUGAGAGAUGAGAUCAAAGAUGCUGUCUAUGUGACCAUGGAAAUCCUGUCCAACUGGGGCAAUGCCUCAUGGGUGGGCCUUACUGAAGUUCAGUUCUUUGACCUGAAUAGCACAAGACUGUAUGUGUCAUCUCAUAAUGUGGACAUCCAGAACACUUCCUCGUCAUCUGAGCUGGGCUGCCUUGUCAACAAGAACUUGGUGAACAAAAAGGACCCCUCUGUGUGGACCUGCCCUUUCCACCCACCCCUCCAGCUCCACUUUGUGAUCCACAGCACAGAACAGCUGUCAGACUUUGCUCUGUCCAAGGUCAAGGUUCAGAAUUACUGGACAACAGAUGGGGAUCUUGACAUUUGUGUCAAGAACAUCAAACUCUAUGUCAACAAAAGUCUCGUCUUUGAUGGCAUGUUGGACCGAGGUGGUGGUGAGGCCCCAGCUGAUUGCACCAUCCCGGUCGGCCUCCAGACCAAGCAGGAGAACACAGAGACCACCCUAAGCGCUGAUUGGGAAGAUAGCAAAGGUGCCUUCAGCAUGGCUGCCAUUAAUGAGGACAUGGAACUUGGUCCUGGUUGCUCACAGGUGGCUGAAGCUUUGGUGGGUGUGACAGAUUCUUCACAAGGAAAUCUCCUUAAAGAAAGGAGUAGUUCUAAUUGUGUGAAGGACAGUUUGUCCAAUUUAACAGAAGAUGUAAAAUUGUCGGCAACCUUAGCCUCAACUGGUGAUGGGCCCAGUGUCCCUUCUUCCUCCCUUCAGGGGAAAUGUUCUCUUCUGGGCAAAGAGCCCUCUUUGAUCCAACAGCUGGAAAACCUCACAGGCAGGAGACUCUCUGAGCCACCUGAGAGUACAUCAUGCUGGUUACAACCUUUUCCCUCGGGUACAGGCAGAAAACAGGUGGGCAGGAAACUCAAGCACUUGUGGCUCAGUCCUGAAAAGCCUCAAGACCAGAAGAGCAGACUCCCAUCUGAUGAUGUCUUGGGUGAGGGUCCUGGAAAGAUGGGGGCUGAGGUAGAUAAAGGCUCCCAACGUGAUCAAGGAUGGACCACCAACUGGAACAUUGUUGCUGAGGAGAGACUCCAAAGGACACCUCCCAAAGCCUGUGGCGAUGACUUAGACAUCUUCAACUGGCCCCCCAACAGGGAGCAUCCUACAAGUGGGAGGAGGGGCCGGAGGACGGAUGCACUCAGCAGUCAUCAUGAUGGCGAUCAGCCAGCCAGCACAGAAGAUGCCCAGGCCACCAGGACUCUGGCACAGCCACAGCGCCACAGUGAGCAGGAACACACGUUGCAUGAAUCAUGGGACUCCCUUAGUGCUUUUGACCGCUCCCACCGGGGCCGUAUCUCCACCCUGGAGCCACACAGGGACAUCUUGGAUGAGUUUCUGACACAGCACAAAGGCCGCUGGAAUGAGGAAUCCCCAGAUCCCUGGAGAGAGGAGUGGCUGGACUCUUCCAAAGGGCAGGGUGAUGGCUCCACAGAGAUAAAUGGCAGCAGUGAAUUUAGAAUCCCUGUCCUGCCUUAUGGACAGCACUUGGUCAUAGACAUCAAGUCCACAUGGGGGGACAGGCACUAUGUUGGCCUUAAUGGCAUAGAGAUAUUCACUUCCAAGGGGGAGCCAGUGAAAAUUCUGAACAUUAAAGCAGACCCUCCUGACAUUAAUAUUUUACCAGCUUAUGGGAAAGACCCCCGCGUGGUCACCAACCUCAUUGAUGGGGUGAAUAGGACUCAGGAUGACAUGCAUGUCUGGCUGGCCCCCUUCACACCAGGCAUGGCCCACUCCAUCUCCAUAGACUUCAUGUAUCCUUGCCAAGUUGCCUUGAUCAGGAUUUGGAAUUACAAUAAGUCCCGGAUCCAUUCCUUCCGUGGAGUAAGGGACAUAACGAUACUGUUGGAUAUGCAGUGCAUCUUUGAAGGAGAAAUCGCCAAGGCCUCAGGAACCCUUACAGGAGCUCCCGAGCAUUUUGGAGACACUAUCCUAUUCACUACUGAUGAGAACAUCCUGGAGGCCAUUUUCUGCUCUGAUGAGAUAUUCGACAUGGAUGUGGAGAGUCUGUGUGGGCUUCAGCUCGAGGAGGAGCUAAGGAGACCCAGCACGGCUGACAGCGAGGUCCUCGAGAGGCCCUUCACGCAGGCUGGCUCCAGUGCUGAGGAUCAGGAACUGGGGCUCGAGUUGCCAUCCAGUGGGCCUGUCCCCGAAGUCACCACACCAGAGCCGGGCAUCUUUCAUGGGCUGUGCCUUCGGCUAAACUUCACGGCCUCUUGGGGGGACCUGCAUUACCUGGGGCUCACCGGCCUGGAAGUAGUGGGCAAGGAUGGCCAGGCCCUGCCCAUCUAUCUGCACCAGCUCUCUGCCUCCCCCAGGGACUUAAAUGACCUGCCGGAGUACACUGAUGACUCCCGGACCAUAGACAAGUUAAUUGAUGGUGUCAACGUAACCACAGAGGAUGAACACAUGUGGCUGGUCCCCUUCUCACCAGGGCUGGACCACGUGGUCAUAAUCCGCUUCGACAGAGCUGAAAGCAUUGCAGGCCUGCGCUUCUGGAACUACAAUAAAUCUCCUGAGGACACCUACCGAGGGGCCAAAAUCGUCCACGUGUCCUUGGAUGGCCUGUGUGUAUCUCCUGUGGAAGGCUUCCUAAUCCGGAAGGGGCCAGGCAACUGCCACUUUGAUUUUGCUCAAGAAAUCCUCUUUGUGGACUACCUGCAGAGUCGGCUACCACUGGCGCCUGCACCAGCUAGGAGGCUUGAUGCAAAAUGCCUAGAGCGGGCAAGCAUGGACUAUGAGGCACCAGUGAUGCCCUGCGGCUUUGUCUUCCAGUUCCAGCUGCUGACCAGCUGGGGUGACCCCUACUACCUCGGCCUCACAGGGCUGGAGCUGUAUGAUGAGCACGGAGAGCGCAUCCCCCUGUCUGAAAACAAUAUCGCUGCCUUCCCUGACAGUGUGAAUGCACUGGAGGGUGUAUGUGGGGAUGUGCGGACCCCCGACAAGCUCAUCGACCAAGUGAAUGACACCAGUGAUGGCAGGCACAUGUGGCUGGCCCCAAUCCUGCCUGGCUUGGUGAAUCGGGUAUAUGUGAUUUUUGAUCUGCCUACCACCGUGUCAAUGAUCAAACUGUGGAAUUAUGCAAAAACGCCCCACCGAGGGGUGAAGGAAUUUGGCCUACUGGUGGAUGACCUGCUGGUGUACAAUGGGAUACUGGCCAUGGUGAACCACCUGGUUGGAGGCAUCCUGCCCACAUGCGAGCCCACUGUGCCUCACCACACCAUCCUCUUCACCGAGGACACGGAUCUGUGUCACCAGGAAAAGCACACCACUUUCAGUAAGCAGUUGGAGGACCAGGACAUCCAGAUGAUGAAUGAGAAUCAUGUCAUCACCACCUCCAGAAGGAAGCCAAGUGUCGCCGACCCAGCCUUACGUCCUAAAACCUGUAUAAGCGAGGAAAUGGUGAGGCCCUGGCGAUGCUGAGCAAGAGGGAGAGCGGCUCCUCUAGGCCAGCUAGGACUGAUCUAUCACCAGCUCUGUGAGGCACAGCCAAGAAUCCAAGGGCUGGAGGAGAGCCUCAGUGUGGAAAGACAAGAGACUCAGGGGAUGACAUCCCGGGGGGCUACAGAAGCCAGAUGGAGGAGGACAGGGCUGCAGCUGCAGGGUACCGGGUGGCCAUCCACUGCUACACUGGUCUGGCCGCGAGGAACUAACUUGGCUUCUCUUUGUACCUCCUGUGUGAUCCUACCCAGCAGGGCCUGUGAGCUCCCAAGCCUGGACAAGCUGUAACUCAGGCCCAGAGCAGGGGCCUGAACCCCUUGCUACUGCACAGUCCUGCUUCAGUGAGAGGGCGACAGCAGAGCUACCAAGUGGCUCUGGCUAUCCACUUAGGACUACCCUGGCCCUUAAUUUAUGGAGCUCCUGCUCCCCCGCCCCAGUGAGGAAAAGGCGCCCUUCAAGCUGGAUGACUUAUGACUUUUGCCUUGUGGGUAAGGCUGAGACUGUAUGGGCCUAGGGUGUGUCCUAGUAAAGAGAGGAAUGAGCCAGAAAGGGGACCUUACAACCACCUCUCUUCACUCUGCAAAUGUUCUGACUCCUGCUUCCCCCCUUCCACAUCUGAUCCCCUCUUCUCCCUCCCUGUCCCAUCUGACCCCACUUCUCUCCCUUCCUGCCCAGGAGUUGGGAAGGAGGGGCCCAGGCAGGCCCCCCUCUCCCUGAAGCCCAGCAAUUCCCAGCACGUUGGAAAUGUGCCUGCCUGCAGAGCAGCCUAAAGGAGUCCAGACGCUUCUAUUUCUAUCUAUGUAACAAGCUCAGAUCAGGGGCCUAAUAUGUUUCCCAGUGGUGGGUAAUUUCUCGUUCCAAAUAUUAAUCUGUUGUUUUCUUGGCACGGGGCCGGCCCCAGCCACGGUGCUGAACUCAAUGUGUUCCUAUGCAACCAAGAGUGGUGAACACCGAGGAACUGCGCACCCACUGGCAGCUAUGCAAAUGUGCAUUCCAUUGGCCCAGGUGGAAAAGAGAACUGCUUCUCGUGAUGAAGACCCAUCCUUGCCGUGGCUUCUUCUCGAGCUGCUGCCCCGCGCCUAGCCUGGGGCCAGCAAACCAGUUCUUAGGACAGACUGCUUUAAGGGAACCAUUGCCCACUCUGCCAGUGUGCAGGCUGAAAAGGAUUUGUCUGGGUGGCCCAUGACCAUGAUCACUCACUUGCUCCAGAAACCUCGGCUAAUGUUUGUAAUUGUAUGUUCUGGGCAAGUUAGGUAGGAAAAAGUAUCUAUGUGGGCAUUCUCUCUAAAACAAAUGUCUAUUUUUUUCUCUUGCAAAAUCAAUA